CCUACCUGGCGAUAGUUGGUAUAUAAGAGGCAUCAUUCGCAGGACAAGUCACAGAGUUUCUAAGACGCUCGGGCAAACAAGAUGCAUUCUAAGGUCGUUCUCGUAGUUCUGGGCAUGGCUGCCCUUGCCACAGUCUACGCUGCCCCUGGAACAUCCUCAGAGGAAUCCUUCGAAUCCAGCGAGGCCAAGUACAACUUCAACUGGGCCGUGAGAGACGAGUCCUCCGAGAACGACUUCGGACACCAGGAAGCCCGCGACGGAGACGACACCCAGGGAUCCUACUACGUCCACCUCCCCGACGGCCGCCUCCAGAAGGUGUCCUACCACGUCGAUGGUGAUGACGGUUACGUGGCCGAAGUAUCCUACGAAGGAGAGGCUCGCUUCCCCGACUCAGCCUCUUACGAGUCCAACGAAUCUAAAUAAGAUGGGACCCUGUGAUCCCCUUGCGGAACCUCCUGAACUUUCAAUGCUAAACUAUUUACGAAGAAUGUUUAUAAAUAAGAUUGGGACCCUGGAAUCCCUGGAAACGUAUCGAAAUCCGACUCUAGGCUCCGACGAUUUCAGAGACUUUCUCUGUUUGUGAUAUCUGGUCAUUCUGAAUUAUUUAUCAGUUAUAUUUAUUCCCUUCAGUGUAAAUAAAUGUAUUUGACUUAAAA